AUGUUGUUCUUAACCGAUUCUCCUAUUGGUGAUCGGUUAUGUGCUCUAAGGGUAUGGUUGACUCGAAGAUCGCUUCCACCAGGUCCUAUUCCGAUUCCGUUCGUUGGAAAUAUGCAUCUGUUAGCAUAUAAAAUUCUGGUCGAGAAGAAGGAUUUUGCCGAGUCCAUGAGAGAUUUCGUCAAAUGGUCACUUCUUGCUAGGAUGAUUCUGCUAAUUCAGGAGUACGGUAGCGUGCACACCUUCUGGUUCGGACCCGUUGCUACCGUACAGAUUUGUGACUAUCCAAGUGCAGCCGAAGCAAUGAUCAAGAACGGAGCUGCAACUGUCAAUAGAGCUCUACCGUUCUUGUUCGAGACCUCACGAGGCGGUCGAGGAAUCCUAGCCUCAACGGAUUCGUUUUGGACCGAGCAACGACGAUUUUCUCUUCAUACGCUCCGUAAUUUUGGGCUCGGAAGGAACACAAUCGAGGAACGAAUCAUCUACGAGUUGGAUUGGGCGUACGUUCUAUUUUGA